AUGGUUUGUUUGAUUGACCCACCUUACCCCAAAGGCAACAGGGUGCAUGUGGAGGUGACCAGCAGGUGGUCGGGCUUGUAUAAGUUCACGAAGGAGGAGAUUGAGAGAGCAAUCAAUUAUGCGAACAGCAGGAUCUACCUUGGCUCUGGUAGCGCAGGCCAGGUGUACCAGGGCGUGCUACCAAGCGGUCAGCUUGUCGCGAUCAAGCACAUCCACAAGACCGCGAUGUCGGGAUCCUUCAUGAGGGAGGUGGAGCAGCUGUCCAAGGUGAGGCAUCCCAACCUGGUGUGCCUCUUUGGGUACUGUGAUCAGGAGGGAGAUCAGUACCUGGUGUAUGAGUACUGUGCCAAUGGGAACCUGGCCCAGAACCUACUGAGAAGUGACUCUGUUCUACCAUGGGAAACAAGAGUGAAGAUCCUUAGGGACUGUGCAUCUGUCCUGAGGUUUCUUCACACACACCCUGAUGGUUGUAUUGUCCAUAGAGACAUCAAGCUCACAAACAUCUUGCUGACAGAGGACAAGGUGCCAAAGCUAUCCGAUUUUGGUUUGGCCAAAAUGCUGGAAAUGGAGGAGACUAAGGUGUUCACAGAUGUCAGGGGAACCAUUGGGUAUAUGGAUCCCGAGUACAUCACACAUUCCAAGCUCACUUGUGCCAGUGACAUAUACAGCUUUGGUGUGGUUGCGCUGCAGCUUCUGUCAGGGAGGAAGGUCAUAGAACUUGACAUUGUUGCACGUGAUUCUCUUACGAAGAAGGUAAGUUCUGUUAGUGGAAAUGUUCUUCGUAAUUCAUAUUUUCUUCUAAACGAAUAA